AUGGAGCCAGACGUUGAGAAAGGUGAAAAGCCACAAAAAAAGUUUGAAUCGCGACUAGCUGCCAUUAAGGAAUACGGGUACGGCCUUCCUCUACCUCCAAAAAUUGUUGUGUUACCAAACAAAUUUGACAAUGAUCCAAGUGACUUCUGUAUGUGCAUGAGCCAUGUCCAUGUAGGUUUUUACUUCAUGUUUUACCUUAGUCAUUCCUCGCACGAUAGUACUAAAACCAGAAUUUUCACUAGACUUUUAAAGGGGCUGAGCCUAUUUUUUGGCUAAAUGGGUUUUGGCUUUGAUGCAUUUUUAACGUCAAUUUUCUUCAUUUUUUGCAAUUUAAAUCUUUCGCUGUGGGACCCAAGGAAGUCUCAGAGACGUUGGUUUGGGCCCCGGCCUUAGGUUCAAAUGUGCCGGCCCAGCCCUUUCUAAGUUUGCGUUGGCUUGGGCCGGCCUGUAACAACGCAGUCCAGCCUAGCCUAGCCUAGACCAUCCCAGCCCAGCCCAGCCCAGCCCAGCCCAGCCCAGCCUAGCUCAGCCUAGCCCAGCCCAACCCAGCCCACCCCAGCCCAGUCCCGAGCAGUCCAGCCCAGCCCAGCCUAGCCCAGUCCCGAGCAGUCCAGUCCAGCUUUUUUUUUAGUUUAGGCUAGUUUCUAGGGCUGGGCUUAGAAAAACCUUUUAUAAGCCUAGUUUACAGUCGUUCUAAAAUGCUGACUAAAACAAUAUCUUUCUAUAAAAACACAUUUUCAGACCGGAACCCAGUUGAUUGGCAUGAUUACCUUCCUAUGGUGUUUAGCUUCAAGCGUACGAAGCUUUGCAGCCACCUCCCAGCUUAUCACUUGUACUGAAGGCUGUUUGGGUAUGCUGUUCAGUAUAAUAUUGAUAUCUGGAAAUCGACGAAAUUUCUGGUUGUACUAUAUUCCUUUCCUAAUCUUCUUUGUAAGUUUGCUACAGCUUAUACGAAAACUGUGUAUGGCAUUUAAGGCUUAAAAUUACUGGGCUAAAGCUAUUUUUUAAAAAAGUUGACGAAAUGUCACAAAAACUAUUGAAAAAUAAAAAAAUUUUUUUUUUUUGGUUGAUAUGACCUUUGCCAAAUGAUAAAAAACCGUAAAGACAACUUUUAAAAAUCUAAAAACACUAUUUUAGACCCUCGACAUCUGUUCGUGGCUGACCUACGCCUUCUACUUGAUGUUCUACGACUUCAUCGAGGAAGAAGACCGGUUACCCCACAAAGCCGACUUAAUUGUUUUGUUCAAGUCAAUCGACGACAUUGACGACGUACACAGACUAGUGUUCGGCGUGUUGUUAGUAAUCAAAUCCAUUAUCUAUAUAUACAUGGUAUACGUGGUGGCGCGCGGUAUGCUGUUCCUGAAGCGCGGUGGACGGCUCCAACCCGAAAAUUAG